AUAAAGCGCUCUUCCCCGCCGGCGUCAAGGAUUCAGGCCGACGGCGAAGGGCAGGCUCGCAGUCUGAGACGAGCUCAUAGAACCCAAGGAGCGGCGCCAUGGUGAUCUCGGUCCCCAGCCACCGGCGCACCAUACGCGACGCAAUGCUCGGCGGGGGCCGCCAGCUACACAAGCCCCUUCGCUGCGCCUUCUACGACGGGAUUCCCGGUCAAGGCCUCGCCGCCGCGCUCGCCGAGGCCACUGGGAGCGUAUCCCUCUCCCGCACGCCCGCCACUGACGGCAGCGUCGGAGGGAAGGCGGCGAGGAACGUGCUCAUCCUCAUGAGCGACACCGGCGGCGGCCACCGCGCCUCCGCCGAGGCUCUCCGGGACGCCUUCCGCCUCGAUUUCGGCGACGCCUACCAGGUGUUCGUCAGAGAUUUGGGGAAAGAGUACGGCGGCUGGCCGCUGAACGACAUGGAGCGGUCGUACAAGUUCAUGAUCCGCCAUGUCCGGCUCUGGAAGGUGGCCUUCCACGGCACCUCCCCGCGCUGGGUUCACGGAAUGUACCUCACCGCCCUCGCCUACCUCUACGCCAAUGAGGUGGUGGCCGGGAUGAUGAAGUACAAGCCGGACGUGAUCAUCAGCGUGCACCCUCUGAUGCAGCACAUCCCGCUGUGGGUGCUCAAGUGGCAGAGCCUGCAGCCCAAGGUCCCGUUCUUCACCGUCAUCACCGACCUCAACACCUGCCACCCGACAUGGUUCCACCACGGCGUGACAAGGUGCUACUGCCCGUCGGCCGAGGUGGCGAAGAGGGCCCUGACCCGCGGGCUCGACCCGUCCCAAAUCCGCGUGUACGGGCUGCCGAUCAGACCAUCCUUCUGCCGCGCCGUGCUCGACAAGGAUGAGCUGAGGAAAGAACUUGGCCUGCACCCUGAACUACCCGCUGUUCUGCUGAUGGGAGGCGGCGAGGGGAUGGGCCCGGUGGAGGAGACAGCCAAGGCCCUCGGCCACGAGCUCUACGAUCACCGGAGACGCCGGCCGGCCGGGCAGGUCGUGGUCGUAUGCGGCAGGAAUCAGGCGCUGCGGUCCACCUUGCAGUCCCUGACAUGGAAGGUCCCUGUCAAGGUACCAUUGCAGAUGCCGAAUCUAAGAUGCGCAUUUCAGGUUAUGGGGUUCGAGAAGCAGAUGGAGAAGUGGAUGGGCUCUUGCGACUGCAUCAUCACUAAGGCUGGCCCUGGUACAAUUGCAGAAGCCUUGAUAAGAGGACUUCCAAUUAUUCUCAACGACUUCAUCCCCGGACAGGAAGUAGGGAAUGUGCCUUACGUGGUCGAUAACGGCGCCGGUGUGUUCUGCAAGGACCCAAGGGAGGCUGCGAGACAAGUUGCCCGGUGGUUUACCACAGAAACUGACGAGCUCAGGAGGUACUCCCGCAAUGCGCUGAAGCUAGCGCAGCCCGAAGCGGUGUUCGACAUCGUGAGGGACAUCCACAAGCUCCAGCCGCAACCUGCUGCUCUAACCCGGAUCCCCUACUCCUUGACCUCACAAUUCUCAUAUCAUAUAUGAACUCGCGGAACCUUUUGCAGAAUAUACUCUGCAAAGUGAAUAUGCCUUCAAACUUGGCUGUGCCUCGGCUUGGCUGCCUGCUGAAGAACAUGUAUAUACCAUGUACAUAACUGGAUGGAACAUCUAUGUUGGUGCUCCUUUUCUAAAAAAAUAAAUAAUAA